GGAGAGGGACCGGGCCCGGGAGCGGAGCCGGGGCCGGUCCCGCCAUGGAGGAGCCGGGCUGCGGGGCGCAGUUCCGCGCCGCCGUGCAGGUGAUCCAGGGGCUGCCGCGGAGCGGUGCGUACCGGCCCUCGUACGAGGAGAUGCUGCGCUUCUACAGCUACUACAAACAGGCAACGGCGGGGCGCUGCCAGGGCCCGCGGCCCGGCUUCUGGGACCCCAUCGGCCGCUACAAGUGGGACGCGUGGCACAGCCUGGGCGCGAUGUCCAAGCAGGAGGCCAUGGCCGCGUACGUGGCGGAGAUGAAGAAGGUGGCGCAGAAGGUCAUUGACACCGUGCCCAUGGACGAGAGCACGCAGGAGAUGUUCCGCUACUUCGAGCCGCUCUACGAGGUGAUCCACGACAUGCCCCGGCCCCCCGAGGCCUUCUUCAGGAGCACAGGGGAGAGCCAGGGGCAGCAGGAUGGCCCCAGCCAGGAUGUGCCAGCGAGCAGCCCAGCUCCAGAGAGCCCCAGGGACGCCGUGCCUGGGCAGCAGCAUGUGCCAGGACCUGGGCUGGCUCCUGCCCCCGAGGCGCUCGAGGGGACCCAGGUGACGAGUGACUCUGAUGGGGACACGUUCAGUGACACCCUGGAGCAGAUGGAGCCUGAGAAGAUGUGCGGCUGCCCGGGGGCAGCAGCCCCGAGCCAGCGGCGGAGCUGGAGGCGCACGUGGCCGGCGCGGUGCGGGCGCUGCAGGAGGAGCUGCGGCGGGUGCGGGAGCGGCUCAGCCGCCUGGAGGCGCUCGGGGCUGCCCAGGGGGAGACAGACCCCGGCCUGGCACUCGCUCCACAGGCCGUGUCCCGGUGGCGCCUGCCCGUGUCCCCACGCACGCUGCUCUUCCUGGCCACCUGGCCCUUCGUCACCCAGUGGCUGCUGCGCCACUGGCAGGGCAGGAAGAGGUGACCCCCGAGCACCGGCACCGCCAGCCCUCCUCGCCAUCCCGCUUCGCACGGAGCCAUGCGGGAACCGCCUCAGCAGCCACCGGGACACCGGCACCGGCCGACACUCAGGGCCAGCCCCGACCCCGCGCCGCCGCCGCCACGCACAGCCGGAGCAGGAGCAGCCCCGGGCCCGGCCCGGCCUCACCGGGGACAUCACCGAGCCUGCCUCAAUUAAAGUCGCAUUUUCGGUUCAGCCCCGCUGCCUGUGCCAUGCUGCCAGGGGAGGGGAAGGCCCCAGCCUGUCCCCCCGGCCGGGUGCCAUGCCCACCCUGAGGGUGCCACCGGGCCCUGUUCGGGAGGCGGCGGUGGGGAAGCCUCAGGGCUCCCCGGGACCUCCAUGAGGGGGUGCCGGGUGCGGGGCUGGGCAGGGCGGAUUCCCCCGCGGGUUCCUUCCCCCGUGAGGCCGCAGCUG